GCGUUGCAAAUAGGACUUGGCCGAAGGGAAACCAAUGUGGUUGAGCACUGGGAGAAAGACUACGUGUGUCAACGAAGCGACGAUAAGGCGCUCCAGUAGAGUACCCAGGGUACCCAGUACCCAUCGUCGAAAGCAUCAAUAUUAAACUGGUCAGUGGUUGACCCUGAUGGUGAGACGACCAUGCACAAAUGUCAACAGGGUAGAAGAGACAAACUGGACAAUGGUUUGCACAAAUGUCAACAGGGUAGAAGAGACAAACUGGACAAUGGUUUGCACAAAUGUCAACAGGGUAGAAGAGACAAACUGGACAAUGGUUUGCACAAAUGUCAACAGGGUAGAAGAGACAAACUGGACAAUGGUUUGCACAAAUGUCAACAGGGUAAAAGAGUGAGGUAUUUUAGGACAGAUUGGAUUGCAGAUGUGCUUCGAUUUAUCUGCUUUGGGCACUGAUUGAAUGCUGAUCGCUGGAAGGCAACAAUACUGUCUAUCGCACUCCCUUUCUCAAAUAGAAAACACAAGACAUGCAUCAACCUUGAUCGAUUGUCAGGAUUCCGCUGGUCGGGACGUACUUUUACUUCCAAGAAGUACCUUCAUAUUUGAUAGAACCGGAUGCAGUAACUUUACCUUCACCUGCAGUAUACGACAGAACGAUUGACAAGUCCAGUCGCUGGUGAGGUGAGUCCCGACACAUGUUGUCAUGGUAGCAACGAAGGUUGUAUUCACCACGCCUUCAGCCCUGAUCAAGCCACUGUUUACUUUACACGAGCUCUGAUAAGGUAACGCAUAAGCUCUUCUCAUCGUAUACCUAACUCAAUGUAGAUUUAAGGGCGCAGCGGUCGUAUUGGACGGCAUUCUUUGAGAAUUCUUGACGUUUUGAAACGAUGGACUCAACCGAGCCUUGGAAUACGUUCUUUGCAGGGAGAUCCACCGUUUUCACACCAAACAUGUUGAAAUAUCAGCAUCGUCCAAAGCUGAUGCUGGUGCUGGUUAUUCCAGUACUUGUACUUACACUAUGGUUUAUACGGUAUCCUGUCAACAUCCCAUGCCGAAAGGUCAUACCCCAACAAAAAGACUUUACACCGACUAACCUGCCGACUGAAUGUCCAGACGUUCUCAGAUAUAUGACCAGUGGUCACUGGAACACAAGAACAUUGUCCAGCCAGGAGAAGAAAAGGAUGUUCGAUUUUCGUGAGAGCACUCACGCUAGGCAUGCCUUUCCUCCAAACUUCCAACGCAAAGAUGGCCGCUGUGGGAACCUGACGUAUGAAAAGGUAUUCUUUUUCCGAGCAUUAUGUAACCCACGAGGACAAACCCCUUGCUGCUUUCACAAUUCCUGUCAAAUGAGAUCGGAAGAGGAGUGUGUUUGUAAAGAUUGUUUUGAUCUGCGGAAAGAGAGGUAUGCUGAGUAUUCCACGUGGGUUCCGUCAGAUUUGAGAUGUUCCUAUCGUGAAUUCUCGCGAGAAGAUGCAUGUGAACUUCUGAAAGGAAGUACGGUGCAUUUUGUUGGAGACUCCUUGAUUCGGCAUAUCUACACUGCAAUGUUAUUGGUUCUUACAGGGGAUUAUGACUAUGGGGCACUUGUGUCAAGCGCAUCUGAUGCAACACGAAAGGAUUGCAAAGGAAUCUACAUGUUCACAGAAAAAUUCUGCCGCCUCAGUCUUAGUUACGACACAAAAAUCUGCGGAGGAAAAGCGAAAGUCGUAAUGAAGUAUCUCGACUAUGCCCACAAGGGUGGUGAAUUUGUAGCUCACGUUAAAACAAUCCAGUCUAAAUCGCUAUUAUUAGUCGGCAUAGGCAUUCAUAACAAUUUUGAUGUUAACCUUAUUGACAAACAAUAUUUUGGGCCUGUACUGCGUGAGCUCACUCAGCGAAAUUCAACAUGGCCAAUGUUACUAUGGGCGAAUAUACACGCCCCCGGGUUAUUCAAAUCUCCUAUCAUGAAGGGCCAGGGUCGUGACGACUUUGUACGCUUUAACACUAACAUGGAGAAGUUUAUGGGUGAGAGAAAUAUUACCGUAUUUAACACGUUUAAUCUUACUGAUGGCAUGUCCAGUUUUGAUGGAACACAUUACGGUAUGGGUGUCAAUGUCGUAAAGUCAAAUAUAUUGUUACAUUACAUUGCGGAACUGAGACAUAAAAACCUCUGGUAAAUAAUAUAUUAUUGUAUGUGAUGUCCCCUGAGAGACAACGUGACCUUGUGUUUCUUGUAUCUAUCGUUAACGAAGUUGUAUGAUAUGGAAUAAAAAAGGCAUGUAAAAUACAGAAAGGAUGAAUAAAUGUGCUAUUUUCAUGAAAAUUGGGGUUGAAUAUAGCCCUAUAAUAUUACUUGUAUCCAAAGUUGAAGAAGAAAAUUUAAAUGGAAAAUUUGGCGUGUAUGGUAGCGUGACGUGUCUGGUGUAUGGUAGUGUGACAUCUCUACUGUAUGGUAGUGUGACGUGUCUGGUGUAUGGUAGUGUGACGUGUGUGGUAUAUGAUAGUGUGACCUCGCUACUGUAUGGUAGUGUGACGUGUCUGAUGUAUGGUAGUGUGACGUCUCUGAUGUAUGGUAGUGUAACGUGUCUACUGUAUGGUAGUGUGACGUGCCUGAUGUAUGGCAGUGUGACGUGUCUACUGUAUGGUAGUGUGACGUAUCUGGUGUAUGGU